AGAGGAAGGGAAGAGGUUGGAGUGGCGCGACAAGGAGGGAUUGAGAACGGGGCUGGAAGUGGGGAAGCCGUGGAGAAUCAGCGCACAGCUACACCCCACCGUGACGGCCGCGGCAGUCAGUCGUCCGCGCACCUUCGUUCGGCGAGGGUUUCGUGUUCGGUGGGGAAUCGCCUCCGCCAGGGAGUGUAGAGAGGAUCAUCGCAGAUUGUCAUUCAUCGAUCAGCUGAUUCUCAGACCGGUGCUUUGACCUGCAAUCGUCAACAAUCGUCGUUGGACGGAUCCUUCAACAACCCCUUCGUUACGCGGAUCUCUGCGGAACGGAAGUGGCUGAACACUCUUGGGGACAACGCGAUUCAAGGUGGAAACAGAAGGGGAAGUCCAGAACGGCAGGGGAGCUGCUGAUUGAAUAACCGUGGAAACUUAAACAGAAAUUCUGGGUCAAGAUUCGUAGAGCGUUAGCGGUUAGAACGAUGUGAGAGGAAUAUAUGGGUGAACGCCAAACGAGCAAGGAAGGCUGGACGAAAUCACGAACACGUGGCGAGACGUGAAGCGGGCGUUGAGCCUGCUAUGUGUAAAAAAAUUCUCCGGCAGCGGCACGAUGCUGGAAGCACCGCCCGGAAGUCGCGAGGACCUCGUGGAGGCGGCAAGAACACCGUGCACACCUACAGAUCUGGACACGAUGUUAUAUGGAUACACGAACAACAUAUAUGUACUGGACCACACUCCUGAAUCGCUGCCGGAUAUGGAUAUGUUGCAAUUGUUCGCCUCGCCGGCGGGUCGAGCGUUACUUACAAGCGACAAUCGGCGGAGAGGAUCGACAUCGACCUCCUCCUUGUCUCGAGAGUCCUCUUCGAGGCUGAAGAGAGGUAGAAGACUAUCGGGUACAGUCAGCGCGCCCGCGACACCUCCAAGGCAACGGAAAUCGAGCGCGGAGCUGUACAAAGAAGCCGCCGAGAUCCUCGGUCUUACCUGUUCGUUGACCGAUAGCUGCCGGUGCAUCGAUUGCCAGAGUAAUUAUUUCGACUGCGAUGACGAUUUCGGCGACGCGAGGACGGAAUUGGCUGCGGGGACACCAAUUCUACUGGACCAUGCUUUGACACAUCCAUUGACGUGUUCCAUACAGUAGCAGCCGAAUAUCUCGUUUCGACCAGGCGUCAGUCCUGCACCGCCAUCCGAUGAACCGGAAGUCAUCGAGGUGUCGAGGAAGCUUGAAUCCAGGACGAAGUGUGGGAUAAUUCGAGGCGUGCACUUUCAUCUCCGAUAAACUCCGUAACCGUGAAGAA